AUGCUGUGGGCAGUGGGUCGGGGAGUGUGGCGUCUCGACGGGAUUGGGGAGCGUGGCGAUUUAUCGAGGCUUUUCGUUAUGGGGAGUAGCUCUGGUGGCAACUUGGCCUAUCAUGCAGGCCUACAUUCACCAUCAAAAAUCACCGGGCUAAUCCUAAACCAGCCCUACUUCGGCGGCACAACAAGAACCAAAUCGGAGGCCGCCUCCGACGAAGACCCCGUCCUCCCCCUCCGCGCCAACGACACGAUGUGGCAGCGGAUGUUUGUGGAGAUGUUGGAGAGAGCUGGGGCUGACGUAGUGGGCAGGUUUGAUGAGGAUGGGUCUCAUGCCGCCGAGUUGUUUGAUGCCGCGAAGGCUGAGGCGCUUUGUGAGGAGGUGAAGGAGUUUGUGCACGGAUGCUGCUGA